AUGGACAUUGAGAGGGCCUCCCCCAUCCCCUGGGACACAGACAGCCAGAAGAAGGACGUUCAGCUGCGGGUGACCCCGUCGGAGCUGAAGUUCCUGAACACGGUGGCUGGGAAAGUUUACCGCCUCCCAGUUACUGUACACAAUCUCGGCCGUUGGAACCAGAAGAUAAGGUUUCAAGAGCCAAUUAAACCACAGUUCAAACUGAUGUUGACCAAUCUGGAUAAGGCACUUGCUUCUGGUCUUCAUAUGACAGCUAUGGUGGAAUAUCAUCCUGAUAAAGAUGAAAACACAUUUGACCAACUACAUAUUUUAAUAGGAAAUAAAGUAAUAGAAGUUCCUCUAAUAGGGAUGAUUCCAUCUUGUGAAUUGGAAGUUGCAUCAUUAGUUGAUUUUGGCACAUUAGUUGCCAAUAGUAAAGUGUAUUUUAAAGAGAUUAGAAUUAUUAACCAUGGCAAAGCUCCAGGUAUAUUUAAAACAGACUACCAGGGCCAACUACCCAUCCUCAUGUCUCCAGCUAGUGGUGUUGUGGAGGCUAAGUCAUCAAUGAUUCUCAGAGUGAAUUUCUGUGCAGACCAGCCCAGAAUUGUAAAUGAAGUGGCAAAAGUGAGUUUGCAAGGACUUCCUGAUAUACACUUCAGUAUCAAAGCUCAUGUAGUUGAACAGAUUAUUGAAUUGUUGAACAUGAACAGUGAUAAAAAGUUGGAAUGCGUAUGCUUUGGUUCUGUUUUCUUUGGAACAUCAAAAAUUGAACAGGCAGUUCUAUAUAAUAAUAGCCCAGAAUCCAUAAAUUGGGUGGCAAUAAUUCAAGAUGAUUCUGUUGGAGGAGAAAUGGGUACAAAUAUUCGACAAAGAACAGAUGUUGCUUUAAAUAAUCUCACCUACUUAAACAAAAUAAAGAAUAUAGAUAUUACCAAUUUUAUCUCCUGUGUCCCAAAUGAAGGGACUUUACUACCUUAUCAAAAGGUUAUAAUUACAUUUUGUUUCAGCCCGAAGCUAAUAAUUGAUGGUAAAAAAGAUAUUGACCCUUCACACAGGCAAGACUAUGCUGUCUUUUUGAGAUUUGAAUCUGUAGGAAGUAAAGAUGGAUUUUUGAGAAAUGAUAACUAUAAAACCAUCAAAAGUGAUCAAUUUCAGAAAGUGGAAUUAGCACUGACAGGCUCAGGACUUCCUGUCUUAUUACAUUUUGAUCCAGGAAAAGUCCUUAAUUUUACACCUUGUUUCAUGGGUGAACGUUCAGACAUUCUGUGCAUUGUACAAAAUCGAUCUAAAUCCCUUCCUGUGACAUACCGUUUUCAAAAAACUGCACAUUUUAAAAUUGAUCCUGAAAAGGGCAAGAUAGAUGAAGGAUGUAUCCAGAAUGUGAUGUGCUCAUUUAUUCCACAUCAAAUUGGAAACUUUAAAGUGAAGCAGGUGAUAGAUAUUAUUGGCCCAGUGGUAGAUGAAAAUUUGCAGUCUUCAUCAAUGAAACCGUUUUAUCACAUAUAUUUAGAAUUCAAUAGCAUCUGCAAACCUUUCACUAAGAAAGUUGUGAUGAAAAUUAAUCCUGGUAUAUCCCCUUUGAUCACUAAUCCCAUCGGACAUUUGGUGGUCAGUGAUUUGGAAAAUUAUAAGGUCCAGGCACCUGUAGCAAUGCUUCAAUCAGCCAGGACACACAUUCAUGAUCAUCGAACAAAUGAGGAGUCAAUGAAGGAUGCACUAAUAGCCUUUCCUAAUGACCGAGCUGCAAGUAUCAGGUCUGAAGACAACCGUAAAUAUUUCAGGACAAUUUUCACAAAGAUUCCAAGACAUACUUAUGUGGAUCCUGAUUUUGCAUAUACUGACUUUGAAAAACUCGAAAAGAAAGCACAUAAAAAUUACUAUGACAAUUAUAUUAAAUAUUUAAGAAGUGUACGCCUACAGAAAGAAGAAGAGAGGAAAUGCAUAUAUUCAUAUGACUAUACAGACAUAGGCAUAGAGCCAGCAUCAGGUCUAAAGUCACCCUCACUCUCAGAAGUGGAAAUAGAAGAGUCCCAAUCUUCAGCUGAGUGUUUGAUCAAAGCUAAUCAAUUGUUAAGUACCAAGAAAAUAGCAUCCAAGGAAAUGGAAUCCCUGGAAAGAAAGGUUCCCAAAGGACUUAAGGCAUACCCAUCCACACUCCAUGAAAAAUAUGAUUGCAGCUUAAUAUUGACACCAAAGCAAAUUCAUCAAGUAAUUGUUGGGCCCUCUGUCCUUAACUUUGGUGACGUUUCUGUGAACUCUACAAAUACUCAUCUAUUACAUGUCAUUAAUAUGCUACCUAUGUAUAUUUUGAUCAAGUUAGAUACUAAUUUGGAGGAACUUCAGAAAACCAAACAGUUUUCAUAUGUGAUUCCACCUAUAUCUAAUACUUAUAUUUCAAUGAUAUUUGAAUCUCCUACAACUGGAAAAUUUUGGAAAUCUUUUACCUUUACAGUGAACAGCAUACCUGGAGGGCAUAUCUUAGUGAUGGCAAAUAUCAUGCCAGUAACACUUGAGCUAUCGCUUAAGGAAUUAGUAUUGAGACCACAAAGCUUCUUGAUGAAAACAUGUUUUCGGGGAACAGUUAGAUUGUAUAAUCGUCAGAAUCGUUCUGCCCAAUUUGGAUGGCAACCAGUAAACACAAUAACAGGGAUGGCAUUUUCCAUUCGCCCAGCUACAGGCACUGUUGAAGCAUAUUCAUCACUGGAAUGUGAAGUAAUGUGGCAGCCAAGUUUCAAUUCUCCAGAAAAGGGAGAUUUUAUUCUUAAUGUCUCUGAAGGAAACACAUUGACACUAAAAUGUGUUGCACAUAUUGGUCACACCAAGGUUGCAUUUUUGGAGCCAAGAAUACUGUUCGGUAAUAGUCCUCAAGGCUUAACAACUUGGAGGAAAGCCAUAUUACACAAUGUAGGAAAAAACCAUGCUUACUUCAAGGUUUAUGAUCAGAGUCUUUUGCCUACCAUUAAGAUUAUUCCAUCAAAAGGAAUAAUUCCAUUUGGGGGAAUAACUAUUCUUAAUAUCUCCUAUACACCCACUGUGGCAGAAAAAUUUGCUACAAGAGCAAAGGUUGCUAUUCGCCAUGCAAAUGUCAUAGACCUUAGGAUUGGUGGAUCUGUUGAGAUUGCUAAUAUUGAAAUAAAUCCGAAUGUAUUUAAUUUCAGUGGCACUUAUGUUGGUGCUACCCAAAUUAUUCCCUUUGUAAUAAAAAACAAAGGUAUAACACGUGCCAUAGUGGACUUUGAUUUUAAAAACUUUCCAGAUUUUUCAAUGGAUUUUAAGGACAAAUCAGGAGAAGUCCCAAGCCCUGCAGUUCCUGGUAUAUAUUCCUUGGAGAUAGAGGAAAACACAUCUUUGGAAUGUGGCAUAGCAUUUUCUCCCAAAGAAGUGGCAACAUAUGACUUCAGCAUUCAAAUUUAUGUUAAUUCCUUUAAGGCUUCAGAACUCUACACUGAAUUUUUGUCAAAGAAAAAUUCUGAUUUGCCAAAGACCACACCACUUAUCAAACCAUGUUCUGUUCAAGCAACUGUAUUACAAGCACCAUUGAAUUUAUCCAGUACUGAGUUUGUAUUUCACAUUCCUUUACAUGAGAUGGAGGCUAAUAAAAAGGUCAAUAAAACUCAGGAUCUUCUCUUACAUAAUAUCUCAAAACAAGAUGUACAAUGGACUUUGGAUUUUAGUGAUAAUGAUAAACCUUUCAAAAAUGGCACAUUUGAGUUUAGUAUACUGACUGGUCAUCUGCAACCAGAUGAAAAGUGUAAUGUUACCAUAACUUUCUGUCCAAGUGAGCGUAUAAAAUACACAGUUAAUAUUCCUAUGUAUUUAAAUGACAAUCCAGUUUGCUACAGAGUAUUAUGUCUGACUGGAGAGAUACAAUCACCAAAAUUAUUGUUUGAUCCACCAUUUAUAUUUUUUACUCCUGUUCCUUUGGAUGUAACAACAGGGAUGGAUAUCAACAUUUUACCCCAGAACUAUUUCAGAAGUUCAACUCUAAAUUUCCAGAUUCCUUCAGCAAGGCUUCUUGACAAUGAUGAGAUUCACCCUCUUUCUGUGAUGUUUCCAAAAGGCAGAAUCAUCACAGGAUCCAACAAUGGAAUUAAUAAUGAGCUGUUUUGCCACCUCAGUUUCAAAUCAUCUAAACCAGUGUCAUUUUUCACCAACCUUCUUUUCUAUGAUGAUAGAGAUAACUGGUUUUCACUUCCAGUUACAGCAACAGCAGAAAACUGUAUUCUUACUAUAUAUCCAUAUUUGGCAAUUCAUCUUGAUAAGCAAAAAAUUAUUUUAAAGGAUGAUAAAGAUGGAAGUCCAAUGAAGUCUAGAGGCAGUUUUAUGUUUCCCCACCAGGAUGUCGAAUUACCCUCUUCUGCUUCAAUAAAUAUGACAUCCACUGCUACUAAAUUUAAUGAUGCCGAACUUACAAGUGGAAACUUAUUUGUUGGAAUGGACACAUUACAAGAAGAUUUGGACUUUGAUGAAAGCAAAACACCAAAAAGGGCAGAUGAUGGAAAGGAGGAGAAAAAUGAGCAAUUCUUUUCUCUGGAAGAAGGAUCAAAGGCAUAUAACUUCUUUCAGAAGGUUGUAAAUGCAGCCCAGACAUGGUUCAGUCUCUUUGGCUGGCCUGAAGGACCUCAUUCUCUUUCCAUUCCAGAGUCUAUAAGAAGGGAUGUACAAAAAAUACAAUUUUACUCAUCAACCUCAUCAUCCAAGAAAUAUGCCAGGCAGAAUGAUUUUACCAAAUAUAAUAAGACUAUUUAUGAUGUGCUGCUCCACUUGAGUGGAAGAAUGCCACCUGGAAUUAAUUCAAGUCAAUCUUUACCCAUGGAUAACCCUGAAAGAAUAACUCAACUUCAUUUGCAACAUUCCUCACUUCUGGAAUUUCUCAAUGCUCAGGGAGGAUGUAUUUCUCAUGUACUGCCAGAAUUUCUGCUUGAACCCCAAGAUUAUAAGAAGUGGCUCGAAAUAUCAUCUUCCAGUAAUACCACGCCUCUGAGUUCCUGUGCAUCUAAGGAAAAGUGUUCUGUUAUUAUAGAUAUGGAUAAGUUUGAAGACUGGAGUAAACGGGCAUGGACAGAUGUAUUUCUUCAAAUAUACAAGGUUCUGGUCCUAUCCCGAGUUACACCAUAUUGUAGCAGUAAUGCACCCCACACACAUGUGAAAAAUACACCAAAAAUCAAUCCUACUUUCAUAUCCAGCAAUAUAUAUUCUAGUUCCGAGAGGAUUCUGCUAAGUUGGUUAAACACAAAUUAUGAGAAUACUCGACAUAUUAUAUGGGAAAACUGUCAGAAAGAUUCUGUUCCCUCUGAAAGAUGGAUAGUAAAUUUUGACAAAGACCUUUUAGAUGGCCUUGUUUUGGCAACACAGUUGGCAGCCUACUGCCCAUUUUUGAUCAAGUCUCAUUUUAUAAAUAUGUACACACGACCAAGACGUCCUGAACAGUAUCUUCACAAUUGUCUGAUUAUUAUAAAUAGUCUUUAUGAAAUUGGCUUUGACUUGAACAUACAGGCCACUGACAUCUGUGAUCCAAAUCCAAUCCUGAUGCUCAUGCUUUGUGUCUAUAUGUAUGAAAGGCUCCCUACAUAUCUCCCCAAGAAGGUGGUGCCAUUUCAUUGUACUCUCUAUGACACUGUAAUAAGACAGAUUGUAUUGAAAAAUUCAAGCAUGAAAAACUUAGUGUAUAAUGCAACAAUUGUUGGAAGAGAUGCUGCUGACUUCUCUCUUGCCCAAGCAGGGAAUGUUGUGACUAUUUCUCCAAAAAACCAAAUUAAUAUCACUCUGAAAUUUACCAGUCGCUUCCUCCAUCCUGCUGAAGCUUCACUGCUCUUAAUUUCUAAACCUAAGUGUCGAAUAGGAGGUGUUACAAUGACUUUUACUCUAAAAGGUGAAGUCCUUGAUUUUAAAGCAAUUGAAAUUCUGAAAUGCAAAACUCCAUGUUAUCAAUGGAAGGAAGUUAUUAUAAAUGUGAAAAACCCCUUCCCGACUGCUGGAGACUUUAGUGUCAUUUUGGUGGAAUCCACAACAUUUGUCUAUUUGCCAUCACAAUUAACUGAAUAUGGACAACACAUGAGCCACAACAGUUAUAAUAUCAUAUAUCAACUAGCUCUGUGUCAUGUUUUGGUAGCAAUUAAAUCCAAUUUCAUCAGAGAGUUCUUCUGCUCUGUACAAAAUCUUUCCCUGGAAGGAAAAGGAUCUUCAAACCUGGAGCUCUACUAUCUUCCGUUUGACAUCCACAUACGCUACUGUGCCAUCAUCUUGCACAACAAAGAGAUUGGAGAAUUAAUAUAUAUUGUGGAAGGAAAAGGAUUGAUCCCCUUGCCUUCCAAUUUUCUUCCAAUGAAGCUUUCAACUACCAUUAACUGUAGCAGUCCUCUAGAAGAAGAUUAUAAUAGGGAAGAUCCAGUUCUAUAUUUGAAAUGUGAACUCCGUCAAAUCCUAGAUGUGGACCUUAAAUUGCCACUGACUAAUGAAGCCAAGGAAAAGGCUUUGGCUUUUGCAGCACAACAACAGAUGUCAACUAUUGAGUAUGAGCGAAGGUUGAUCACAGGCACUCUGGAGAGCAGUAGCGUCCGUGUGGCCAUCGCCCUCCUGGGGCUGACUAAAAUUGAGUCUCUUAUGCUGUUUAAUAUGUCAAGGUUGAAGAAGCCUAAGUCCAUUUUAUAUAGAACAGAACUGAGCCUUCCAGAACAUUUUGAUAUCCCCAGGAAAAUCUACAUACCUCAGAUUUCAGAAACUCAAGCUAAAUUGACUCAGCCUAAAGGAUUUAAAACUUCAGAUACAACAGCUGCUGAUGGAUGUGUUUCAGUUCCUUUACGAUUUGCUCCUCUCAGUCCUGGCCGUUACCCUUGUAAAAUUUUGUUGACAUCAAGGUAUGAUGUACGUCUCUAUUGCGUUGAAGGUGUGGUAAAUGAAGAAUAUCCAGAGGCCAAAUUUGAGUUCCAGACACCAGCAUUUGAACCCCUUGUUCAGAAUAUUCCAAUAAAUAAUAAGACAAAGACUGAAUGGAAAUGUCAAGUUAACAUAGAAGGAAAAUGGUUUUAUGGACCUCCUAUUUUAUAUGUUGGACCAGGUGAAACAGUGCAAUACCCUCUCACAUUUAAACCUAUUUUGGAAUGUGAGAUUAUGGGUAAACUUAUUCUACAAAAUGAAGUAGAUGGUAUGGAGCACAUCUUUGACAUAAAAGGGAUUGGGAAAAAACCACUGGCCUUAGAACAUAUCAGUGUUGAUUGUGAAGUGGGGAAUGUGACAAAUAAAUCCAUAAUGGUGCCUAAUUAUACAAGGACUAUCAUAACAUUUAAGGUAUCAUCAGAUCUACCAAUAGUGUGGGGAAAUCCAUAUAUCACUAUAGACCCUGAUAAUUCAGUUCCAUAUAUUCUACAUGUGUGCCCUUGGAAACGUGGUGUAUUCAAAGGUAUAAUUUCAUUUUCUGUUAAAAGCAGAGAUGAUGUUGAGUCUCAGGAAGAGCCAGAUACAGAUCAAGAAUUCUCCAUUCAAAAGUCACCAUCAGAACUAUCUCCCAUUUUUCUUGAGGAAGACUCAGAUGAUAAUUUUAGCAAUUUAAGAAUCUGGUAUCACCUUGAGAUCCAUAGCUCUCCUGGACCACCUCUAAGCACCAUUGAAAUGCAGUGUAUUGCUCUGGAGACUGUUUGCAUUGAAAUACCUAUCUCUAAUCCAAAAGAAAAAAUUAUCCACAUAGAUGUGAAAUUAACAAAUGAUGCCCUUAGUGGACUCCAGGAACUCACACUGAAUCCAUUAGAGUGUGUUAACUAUAUUGUCUUGUAUUCUCCAGCAACAACAGGCUAUAAAGAAGAAAGCAUUAUUUUCCAGCCUGAAAUGGGGGAAGAGUUCUGGUAUUUACUGAAAUUAACUACUGAACUUCCAAAAACAAACACAAUACCAGAAAUACAAUGUGACCUUGGAAAGUAUGCCAUACAGACUAUUCCCUUAUAUAAUCCUACACACGAAACUUUAGAACUUCAAGUAACAAACAGUAAUCCUGAAAAUUUUGUCCUGGAAAUUGACAGAAGAUCACCACUGAUUAUAUUUCCUCACUCUACCACAGAGAUAUCUGUUUAUUUUUAUCCUUCUGCACUUGGAAGAGCUGGUCAUGAAACUUGUAUCAACUUCGGCUGCGCUCAGUUUAAAGAAUGGAAAUUCUGCCUCUAUGGAGUAGGACUACUCCCCCAGCCUGCAGACACAGAAAAAAUAACCACCCCUCUUGGUCUUCAGUCAUCUUUCAUUAUACCUUUCAAAAAUCCCACUGAGGAAGAUGUUGUCAUCAACAUCAUGUUAACAAAUCAUGAACAGCUCAGGCAUCUUCUCAUCGACCAAUGUUGGGAUAGCUUCAUCAAUGAGAAUUCUGCUUUCCAGUUUAAUUCUCUGAGUCAUAUACAAGGAAUUGCAUUACCACCUAAAGGAAAUAUAGAUAUCCCAGUGUUAUUUAUGCCCAAAAUUAUGAAAUUAUGCAAAACAAUGGUCAUUGUUCAAAUGAUGAGAGCAAAUGGAGAAAAAUGGCAUAUUGACAAUUUUGAUGAAUUGGAUACAGAGAUUAAAAGAACUAUGGGAGUAGACAAUCAAGAAAUCCAAACAAUACAGUGGAUAUACCCCUUUAUUGGACUCCCACAGGCACCACUCCCUAAAAGUCCUUCAGUUGUCAUAAAAUGUCAAUCCAGGAAGCGAGUAGAAGAGAAAGUGGAAGUCACACUUAUUGGUGAUUUUUUUGGACCAAGUCCUGCCCCAGAAUUGACAGAAUUUUUAGUGCUUCCAAAAAGAAAUUCAUAUAGUAAUGCUUUUGAAGAUUUCAUUGCAAUUCCUAAACUACGUGAAUUUGAAUAUGAAAUAGAGUUUGAAAAUGAAGUUAUGAAGUCUAACUUGGAAUCCUGUUUGGCUUUAUAUUUGAUCAAAAAAAGUUAUAAUAUCAAACACCAAAUGAUAUCAUUGGUCUUCAAUCUGACAUUUACACCAAAGAAACCAUUGAGGUCUCAUAUUACACUGAAAAUAGAGUGCUUAACAGAUGGAAUCUGGAAGUUUCCCAUGCUGUUGAUUGCUACUAAGCCUGAAGUGGAUGAUGUCAUUGACAUUGAAGGAAUUGGUUUACUUAAGGAAUCUACCACUGACUUUAGACUGACAAGUCAGACAAGAUAUUCUGAGCCAUUCACUGCAUACUUCCUACCUGGCAGUGAUCCGGAGUUUUUUGUAAAACCUCAGACUGGAGAACUUCCUCCUUAUAACACUAAAGGAAUCCUCAUCGUUGUAGGAUUUAAACCCCGAAUGUACAGUAAGAAAUACAAAGCAACAUUAGUAAUAGAGACAGAAGAUAUGUACUGGUUGUAUGAAAUCAAUGGAUUACCCCCAGCAAGUACAUCACUGAUAAAUGUAAAAGCCAAAAUCGAUUCUACUAACAAGAGAUACGACAACAUGCCAAUUCGUCAGCACAAUUUUGUCCGUGAAAAUACUAAACUCAUAAGAACAGGAGUAUCUUCUACAAUCAAGGGUGCUCCUUUGAUGAUGAAGAAUAAAUAA